AUGCCGUCGCUUCUGGAAGCAUUAGAGCGUAAAUAUGGUGCGAAGGUGGCCAUCUUCGUGCCCAAACGCUCGCCUAGACUCAGCGUUCCUACACUUUUGGUACUGAACGAUUGCGACAUAGACUGUGCUGGGGACUCAAGUGCCUUAGCUGACAAAUGUGCUGACGUCGUUGAACUGGAUCUUGCCCAUAACAAAUUGACUGAUUGGAAAGAGGUAUUUGCGGUACUGGAACAGACACCGCGUGUCCGAUUUCUGAAUUUAAGCUUCAACCGUCUGUCUGCACAACUUCAAGCCGCGCAGGCACUUCAGCCGCGCUGGGAUAGCCUCAGCAAUCUCGUUUUAAACUCUACCUACAUUCGCUGGCCGAGUGUCCACGGAUUGCUCAAGGCUCUGCCAGCUCUCGAAGAGUUGCACUUGAGCCUUAAUGAGUUUUCCUAUGUAAAUUUGAGCGGAAAGGAGGUCGAGGAAAAUGACUUUUGCGAGGGAUGCACUCGGCUUAACAUCGACGUGACUGAACCGAUACACGAAAACCUAAAACAACUUCAUUUCUCCGGAAACCCGAUUAGUAGCUGGCGGGAAGUUUCGAAACUCGGCUAUGCUUUCCCUAAUUUGGAAUCCCUUUUAGUAAACGAGUGCCCCAUAACAACUUUAGAGCCAGAUCCGUGUGAUAAGUGCAAUGAUGAUAGUAACGGCAACAAAAAGAGUCACGACGCCUUCCAGCACCUGCGAUUUUUAAAUUUAAACAACACGUGCUUAUCGACGUGGGACGAAGUGGACAGACUUGCCAAGUUUCCUGCCCUCAAGAGUUUAAGAGUGCAAGGUUGGCCGCUAUGGGAGCGAUUCGAGUCAACAGAGCACGAGCGUCGGUUACUAUUGGUGGCGCGGCUACCGCACGUCAGAACACUGAAUGGAGGAGGGACGGUCCCUCCGGAGGAAAGAGACGCAGCCGAGCGCGCCUUCAUCAGAUAUUAUAUGGAGAAACCGGAGUCUGAUAGGCCUGACAAGUAUUGGGAGCUGGUGGGAGUACACGGAAAGUUAGACCCUCUAGUAUCAGUAGACCUGAGGCCGGAAAAACGCGUGCAGAUCACCUUCACCUGCGGCGACACCAGAGAAGUUCGAACCGUUGAUGUCUACAGAACCGUGUCCGAUCUCAAGACUAAACUGGAACGACUUGCAGGAUUUCCCGCUUCCAAAAUGAGACUUUUUUACGUCGACCAGGAUUUAAGAGAUAUGCAAAUAGUAAGUACGUUUGGCCCUGAGGAGAUGAGAUUCCCAACGAAGCAGCUAUACUCAUACAACAUCAGAUCAGGCGACGAAAUAAUCAUAGUUUCCAAACUAACACUUAAACACUCGAUUUCAGUUAACUCGACUGCAUGAAGCAACGUAAAGAAUUAAAACUGCCGUCAUUUGUCCAAUAUAUCUAAUAAAGUAAAAAACUGUUUCAAAUAUCGGCAAUUAUUAAAUUCUUCUUGAGGAAACAUUGUUUAUUAAAAAUUAGUGGUGCCAAAAAGUUAAUUCCUGAGUCAAAGAACUCAAGCCUUAAGGUUCUAAGUUCGGCGAAUGGCAACUUUUACAAAAUAAAUGUAAUGGUGUUCGAUUCGAAAUUAUAUACGAUGUAUAAAGACGUUUUAAAUUAUAAAAUUUACAAAGUAAUUAAAAACAAAUUUUACCAAAACUUGUCUCAGGUAUUAAAAAAUUGUUGUCUGAUCUAUGGGCAAGACAGAUUGCUUUCAGAGGCACUUUCCUUUUUUCUGGACUUGUAACGUUUUUAUGUGGGUUGUUUGUAUUUCUUGACAUAGGAGCUUAUUGUAGAUAUUUUUUUUUUCAAUUUUAUUCAGUAACAAUUUUGUUGACUACAAAAUUGAAAGCAGAUUAUUUCAAAAGGAAUACAGUUUAUCUAAUACUUUCUUCCAUCUUACUUAAUCUUAGUAAAGAAGGUUUAUGGUGUAGUGUAUGCAUAUAGUCAGUUGAAAAAAAAUCUUGAACGAAUUGACGGUCGUUUUAUUAAGAAAAUUAAACAUGUAUGUAAUAGAUUCCUAUUAUAAAACUAUGUAUUACGUAAUGAAACCUUGUACCUACUAAUAUAUUACAUUUUAUUUGUAUAAUAAAAGUUUUAAAUGAUUAAUUAUCGUUGUGUAUUAUAAAUUCAAUUAAUUGUUGUCACAAAACAAUUAGUUUUUAAGUAAAUAUCGAAGCUGAGAGCUUUGUAAGACUAUUUUUGCACGAUUACUUUUCUUUUUUCACAAUUUGAAUUUUUUUUAUUUUUGCAAUAAGCAUCUGUGAUAAUAAAUUAUAAAUAAUCGAAUGGCAACAUUCAGGAUUGAAUUAUUGAUUGUAUGUAACAAUUCAAUGUAUAUUAAAAUGUAUCCGAUUAUAUGUGUAAUUUAUUGCGAUCAACUGGCCAUUGAAUAUAUAUUAAUAAUGCUUAUUAUUAACACGAAGUGAUACUAACUGCCAUUUUGCAAUCUUAUAAUUAGUUGUUAAAUACAAUAAGAAUUACCAGCUCAUUGGAGAUAAAUUAUUUUACAUACAAAAUAACAUGAUUUAUUUUAAUGUUUUUUUUUUUUAUUCGUUUCUUGCAGAAAAUAAAAUAACUACUCUGCCAAACAAGAACUGUAUUGUAGUUAAUAGUUUACAAAUAGCAAAUGGGCAGUAUGUUAUAUUUCAAAUGUCAAUAUUCAUUUGAUGUAACUGUUUAGUAUUAAUAGCAAAUACGAAAUAAAGGAAAUUACUUAUA